UAUUAUGAACACGACAUGCACGCCUAACUUCAACUACUACGAUUCACCUCAAUUUCUAUCUACAGGUAUGCACAUCGCUUCGGUAAUUAUCACACCAGUCCACCUACUCGGCUUAUACUGUAUUAUAUACAAGACCCCUUUGCAAAUGGCGGCUGUUAAGUGGUACCUGUUACAAAUGCACGUUUCCGUGAUGGCAUUAGACUAUUCGGUGACUGUAGUGGGUAUUCCGUAUGUACUAGCAACUAGGAUAGCUGGGUUUUCGCUCGGAUUGUUGAAAUACUCCAGCUACUCGUUUCUUUUAGCGAUUUUUGUUAUGAUAGCCUGUUUGCAGUUUGUGACAUUAGGAAUUACUGGUAUAUUCGAAAAUCGAUUCCGAAUCAUUUGCAAGUUCUCCUGGGUGCCACUUUGGAAAAAAUUCAUUACACCAGGGUUUUUGCCGGGUCAGUAUAUUGUGUACCCAUCGUUUCUGCUACUUGGGAUACCUUUUAUUCCGGAUCAGAAAACUGCAUUGCAGGAUAUCUUUAAGACCCUUCCCUGUCUGCCACGUGAAAUCUACGAGGCAGACAUCUAUGUGAUAGCUGAUGACAUGACUUAUCAUAUUAUGGCGAUUUCAAUGGGAUUGUCAGGAGCAAUUAGUCAAAUUAUAUUUUUCAACGGCUGUCUUAUAUAUAGUAGUUUGGAGCAGUUAAAGGCAAAAACAAUGUCACAAAAGACGUUCCAAAUGCAGAAGCAAUUCCUAACAGCGGUGGUCGUGCAGGCUGCAUCUCCAAUGAUAUGCUUGAUAAUUCCACUUAUAUAUUUUACAAUAGCACACUUGGUGGGGUAUUAUAAUCAGGGAAUUAUCAAUUGCUUACUUAUUAAUGUAUCUAUUCACGGUCUAAUCUCUACAACAGCCCUGGUGACUCUUCAUAAGCCUUAUCGGACAGCUGUGCGGAGCAUGAUCUCGAAAUUGCCAGAGCCAAGGCGACCGAAAGUCUCACAGUUAUCAACUCUUUCGAGGAGCACUCUUGUGGUGUUGUAAAUUAAUUUUCAAGUUUUCAAAAUAAAUUGAGUAGUCACAUGGUUUUCACUUAUAUGCAACACGUUUUUAGAUUCAGAACCCUGUUAAACAGGUGAUUAUUUUUGAAUGAAAUGCUAGGAAAAAUUGUCCUGACUCAUUUUAUUUAUUACACAAAUAUGAAUACAACAUCUACACCUGAUAGCAAUGAAGGUUGACAAAGCUUACGUCUGUAUUUUAUUCAGAGCACUCAGCUGAUGUCCUCAUUACAGAAACCCGCAGAUUAACAUUUAUUCUGGAUGAUAUCAGAAAAAUCUAGAAAUAGGGAUAGAAUACUGAGGAAUGUGGUGCAAGGAACUGUUGGAUUGACAUGAACGAGAUAUACCAUAGAAACAAAAGUGCGUUAUAUAUACCAUACAUCUAAAUCAAAUUGUGUUAAUAUUGGGGCUCAUGAGAUAGGAACGAAAGGAAUAUGGUUUCCCUAUGAGUCAUCAAAAAUUAAAAAUCCUUUUCAAAAUUCGACCGAUUGGAAAGCAGCCGUUCGUCUUGGCUUCAGCCUCCGCCAAUUGUUUUUGCAACUUUUCGAUUUCCGCUUGAUGGCCGGCAAUUAUUCUCAAAACAAGCGAUUCAUAUUUGUGCAAUGAUAAGUCAAAAGAAUCAAGAUUCAAUUGAGCCACUUGUGAAAUGUUGAAUGUACAAUCAGAGAAUAAAAAAGCCUGAAAUAUACAGAAUUAUGAUUUAAAAAGCUUCAGUAUUUAAUUAUUCAUAAGCAAUAUCAAAGUUAAUAAAAAACGUUUCUCUUUUGGAAAUUCAAUAAAUAUUUAAA